GCUGGGAGGAAGUAGUCCACAGCCGGCUUCUGAAGAGUGCAAGUGAAAUGUCAGUUUGAUAAAGACCUUUUUUUCCCCCUUCUCCCUGCUCAGCAAAUUAAGCUGCAGCUAUGUCAUGUUCGGAGAAUUCUACUUCCAGCUCGUUUUCAGUGAAGUCUUUAAUUUGCUCCAGACGGGCUGAAUCUUACUGUCCUGGGGCUUAUUUGUCCUCCAGAGCGGACCAGGGCUACGGGCUACACAAUUGGCAAGUUGGUCUAGCACAACGUAAACAAGGGGAGAUGAACAACCAGCAAGGUAUUGGUUUGGUUCCACAUCAGUACGUGCCAGGCAUGGCCGGGUGGGCAAACCCGUCACCCUCCAACCACACAGGCCGAUUCCAACAGAUAAACACUUACUCCUUUACGUCCAGCGUGAAGGAAGAAGCGAACUAUUGCUUAUUAGGCGGGAAUAAAUUUACGAAGACGCACUCCGAGGUUUCAGUCUACCCGAGGGUGAUUUCUGAACUCUGCACAAAUGACAGUGGUAGAGUCCCCAUGCCUAGUUACUUCCGUUCAGAACCGAACUAUUCAUCGAACCAACCGACGGAUUACAGUCAACCACAGUCAGUCACUGCUCCGUGCUCGCUUCACUCCAGCAUUCCCUUCACUUCUUCCUUCGCCACGUCGUCUUCUUCAAAACCAGGUGAAAAAGAACUAAAAGUGAGCACCUCAAAAGAGCCGGGCCGUGGACUUCCAGGAAAGAACACAGAAGGAAGAGAAAGUACGCUUGCACAAGAAACAUCCACUCUACAGUUUCCUGGCGCCAAUAAAAACCUUCCCGAGAAGGAUGUUAAAGAGAGUACAAAGACUGAGAGUACGAUAAACUGGCUGUCGGCAAAGGGCGGAAGGAAGAAACGCUGCCCAUACACCAAGCAACAGACACUGGAGCUUGAAAAGGAAUUCCUCUUCAACAUGUACUUAACUCGAGAGCGCCGCCUGGAGAUUAGCCGGAGUGUGAAUCUAACCGACAGACAAGUCAAAAUUUGGUUUCAAAACCGAAGAAUGAAACUGAAAAAGAUGAGCAGGGAACACAGAGUUCGAGAAAUAUCGGCUACUUUCCCCAUUUGAUGAAAGCGAUGUUUUUAAGAUCAAAAUAUACGAGAUGGCGGAUGAUAUGAAAUGUCUCGUUAAAACGGUUCGAGCGCGACAACAGCAUUAAUAGGGGGCGGGGUUUGGGAGGGGGGUGAGAGGUUGCAAGUUCAGAAGUCUAGUCACUACAACAACAUUGAGCUAGCAAAGCAGAAGGGAUAUGGCCGAAUGAAGGACUUGCAAGUUCAAAAAUGACUAAUCAUAACAAAAGGUACUGAUUUGCUUUUCGAAUUGAACACAGACUGAACAUUAAGCUUGCUGUCCAGAAGCUCAUUAACAGCCAUCACAUAACUUAGAGUCCUAUCGCUUAAUCGUGAGCAACGGAACUCAAAGAAUGUUCCACAAGGGCAAUAAAAUCCAACUUGUUUUAUCCAUCUUGUCUUUUUUCUUGGAUUCAACAGACGUACAGUUAGUACCACGCAUAUUUGUUGUAUUCACAAGUACUUUUACGUCUGUCGCUUCCUCUUAUUAUGGAGACAGGAGUGAAAUCGGUACGCCAUCUGUGCAAGCAUACUUCAUGCUCAAGAGUGUUAGAUUAUAGCAAGAGUCCAGCCUCAAACUACGCAGACAUAUUGAAUCAAUUAGAGUGGAUAAUUAUGGGAAAUACUUGGUCAACCAUAGGGUAAAUUUUGAAUUACUAUUUACAUUUGGAUAAAUGCCAUUAUAUUUUGUCUUAAAAUGAUGCCGUUUCCUCAGUUUGUAAGAGAACAUAAUGGUAAAUAUGCACUCUCAAUGUUGGUCACCCUGUCAUGAAUCCUUCGUGCCUUUUAGUACAGAAUUAUUUAGGUGGGUUAUUGCUGGGCAUUGCAAAAAAACCUAUCAAACAAUACGCAAUUCUUUCGUUGACGUCAUAUGCUUUCAGUGGGCUGUUUCCCCAACGUAAUGUCAAACAUAAAAUUAAUUUUAAAUAUUUCUAAGAACUGCAAAUUAAACCACGUUUUUAUCUUACCACGCAACAAUCUCAAAGUACCGCUGCAUAGGUAGAAAUGGAAAUGUGCAAGCUAUGAAAAAUUGCAUGUGUAUUUCAUGGAGGCUACAAUACUAAUGCUUGAAUUAGGCCAGCGUCUUUUACAUUGCAACUUCUUAAAAGUUAGAAGCAAUAAAUUCUUUGGAGAGUGUAUUGAUUGUUUUGCAGUUGAAUAAAAUUAUCCCACUGCUGAGUCGGCUUAAAAUAACAACUAAUAUCUGAAGGUUCGUAUUAAAUGCAGAGUUGCUGAAGAUGUAAAGCAUUAACUGGACACACAUUGAAUAACAUAAACUUUAAAGUUUAAGCGCAAAUAUUGGUAUUGAACUCAGCUUUAGUUACGUUAAUGCAAUUGUUAUGGGAACAGAAAUGUUGAUGUAAGUUUAGAGUUCCUUUGAUUAACAUGGAAUGGCCAAACGUUAGUUGGCCAGCCUGGACACCUGGCUCAGUGAUAAUGGAAACUGCAGAUGCUGGAGAAUCCAAGAUAAUAAAAUGUGAGGCUGGAUGAACACAGCAGGCCCAG